AUGUGGACAGUUCAGGAACAAGGACGUGCCGGGAUUUUGUGUCUUCCUUUGAUGGUCGCCGCUGUCUGCUGUGCACAAAGUGCGAACGAACCCAGCAACAUGUCAUAUGUGAAAGAAACCGUGGACAAACUGCUUAAGGGAUAUGACAUUCGUUUAAGGCCUGAUUUUGGAGGUGCCCCUGUCGAUGUCGGGAUGAGCAUAGACAUCGCCAGCAUCGACAUGGUAUCUGAAGUGAAUAUGGACUACACCAUCACCAUGUACUUCCAGCAGUCAUGGAGGGACAAGCGACUCUCCUACACGGGCAUCCCGCUCAACCUCACCCUGGACAACCGGGUGGCCGACCAGCUCUGGGUCCCCGACACCUACUUCAUCAACGACAAGAAGUCCUUUGUGCACGGCGUGACGGUCAAGAACCGCAUGAUCCGGCUGCACCCGGACGGCACCGUGCUGUACGGACUCAGGAUCACCACCACGGCUGCCUGCAUGAUGGACCUGCGCAGAUACCCCCUGGAUGAGCAGAACUGCACCUUGGAGAUUGAGAGCUAUGGCUACACCACGGAUGAUAUCGAGUUCUACUGGCAGGCUGGGAGCGCAGUCACAGGGGUAGACAACAUUGAGCUUCCCCAGUUCUCCAUCAUAGAUUACAAAACCCUGUCAAAGAAAGCUGUGUUUACUACAGGUUCCUACCCUAGACUGUCGCUGAGCUUCAAACUGAAGAGGAACAUCGGCUACUUCAUCCUGCAAACCUACAUGCCCUCCACCCUGAUCACCAUCCUGUCCUGGGUAUCCUUCUGGAUAAACUACGACGCAUCUGCUGCAAGGGUGGCCCUGGGUAUCACAACUGUCCUCACCAUGACAACCAUCAGCACCCACCUACGAGAGACCCUGCCCAAGAUCCCGUAUGUGAAGGCCAUUGACAUCUACCUGAUGGGCUGCUUCUUCUUUGUCUUCCUGGCGCUUCUUGAGUACGCCUUCGUCAACUACAUCUUCUUUGGGCGGGGCCCCCAGCUGCAGAAGAAAGAGGCGGACAAAGCCGCCAAAACCAACAAUGAGAAGAGCAGGGUGGAGACCAACAGGGUGCAGGUCGAUACCCACGGCAACAUCCUCCUCACUAACCUGGAGAUCCGGAACGAGGUGGGCGGCGCCGAGGUUCUGACAGGCCUGGGCGACCCGCGGACGACCAUGUUCUCCUACGACAGCGCCAGCAUCCAGUAUCGCCGGCCCAUGACGAGCCGGGGUGACCCGUACGCACGCCCUCCCCUGGACAGGAGCGCGGACCACCCGAAAGGCCGUCUGCGAAGGCGAGCCACUCAGCUCAAGGUCAAGAUCCCUGACCUGACCGAUGUGAACGCAGUUGACAAGUGGUCACGCAUCAUCUUCCCCAUUGCCUUCACCUUCUUCAACCUGGUCUACUGGCUCUACUACAUCCACUAAUCCUCCACUAUCCAUUUAUUCACCUAUAUUGUUUCCUCUUUAGGAUCUCUGGAGGGCCACAGUGCUGUAAAAUAUAGUACAAACAACAAUGGAUGGGAAAGCAUAGAGUCUGCUGUGGUUGCAAACGAGACAGCAGAGAUGAAACUUAGCAUGUGGAAUUCAUUUUUCAAUGUGACAUUGACGCGUCUGUGAGAAAGUAAAAACCAGAAAUGUUAUGAAACAAGUCCUCUUCCUCAUCCAGCAUCCUGCAGUAUGAUAUACUUUGGAGUAAAACAUCACAGAUUCCAAAAACACAGGGAAUGUGGAGUUAAAAUCCUACUUUCUGCCAUAUCAAUCUAACGUACAAUCACACAGAUUAGUGUAUAAGGCUGUUUUGUGCCGCAGCCUCACUAUGGCUUCUUGCAUUUUGCAUGCAACAAACACAUCACUUUUUUGAUUCAUAAAAAAGGGCAGAACAAAUGACACUGAUGAAUGUUUUGACACUGCCAGGUCCAGUUGACAUUUGGACUCCAGCCUUAUUAAAAUGAGAAUAUAUCAAUGCAUCAAAAAGUAUGAUAUCCAGAUAGAUAUAUGAAAU